AUGACUACCUGUGCUGCGUGGUACAAUAAUCAAUCAAAAAUACAAAAAACUGUAUUAUACGACUUCGUGUUGCAUAUAAUGUUUGGAUCACGGCUAAACAAAGAGCUUUACUUCCAAAUUACAAAGUUAAAAUUGUGUCAGGAUGCCAAAAGCGAUGUUAAAUUUGUUCUAGAAAGCUCACCAUUUGAUAAUGAUGAUGAUGAUGAUGAUGAUAAUGAAAAAAUUACCGGUGCCAGUUCAAACUGUCCUACCAUCAUAGGACGAAUAUUUCCCAAUUCAUCCGUAUACAGAGAAGGUUCAUUUCGAAUAGAAAUAACGCUACCAACAAUGUAUCCAUCAGACCCACCUGAAAUACGCUUUCUUACUCCUAUUUAUCAUAUAAGUGUAGCAGAUGAUGGUCGUCUGUCUUCGGAAACGGUGAAACGCGAUCUUCUAUGGAGCCCUAGACGUUCACUAGUUGAAAUCAUCAGAGCUCUUGUCGAUUAUAUUGACCAUCCUAACCUUCAAUUUAUACUAAAUCACGGAAUGGGUGGAGAAUUUAUGUACAAUCGAGCAGAAUUCGAACAGUCAUUUACUGUUACAUUUGAAGCACAAUCAAAAACAUGGCGGUUAAAACUACAACCACUAGCGUCAUAUAUCAACAGUUUUGUCAUCGUAUUACAUAUAACAAGUGAAGAUAAUCUUUUUAACGUUGACGUUGUCCAAAGCCUUCUUGUUUCGGGUGUAUUUAUAUAUAUUUAA